AUGCAUCUUUUAUUGACAACGACACUACUGUGUAUUGCCAGGCUUUGUCCUGUUGUGUGUGGGAUUAAUUUAGGCACCUGCAUCCUCCAAGCUGACCCUCAGCCCCCUGCACUUUUCAAGGAUGGAGACUUUGUCAUUGGAGGGGCUUUCACCAUUCAUUACUAUCUGAAGACAGAGAAGCACAUCUACGUUAGACGGCCACGAUCACUUGAGUGCAGUGGCAGCAUGGACUUCAGGGAGCUGCGCUUUGCUCGUGCCUUGCAGUUCGCCAUCCAAGAGAUAAACAACAGCUCUGAUCUUUUACCAGGCAUAACAUUAGGGUACCAUAUAUAUGACUCUUGUGGCUCUGUGCCAAUGGCAGUCAAAGUAGCAUUACAGCUUGCCAACGGACUAGAUCUAAUUUUUAACGACACUGAUUCCUGUGCAAAAUCGGCUGCAGUUCCCGCACUUGUCGGAGAAUCUGGUUCCACACCGUCUAUAAGCACUUCAAGAUUUUUCGGUCCCUUUGGAAUUCCACAGGUGAGUCAUUACGCAACGUGCGCGUGUCUCAGUGACAAGCGGCAGUAUCCUACUUUUUUCAGGACCAUCCCCAGUGAUCACCAUCAAGCGGCAGCACUGGCACGGAUGGUCAAGCACUUCGGAUGGACGUGGAUCGGAGCAGUGCGCAGUGAUUAAAGAGUGGCUGAAGUCAUUCGCAGAUCAACGGCUCGUGUAAUUGUUGCCUUCCUGGCGUCGGGUGAUAUGAGACUUCUUUUAGAAGAGCUGAGCCAGCAGCCGCCUCCCCCGAUGCAGUGGAUUGGCAGUGAGUCGUGGGUUACAGACCCAGAAAUGCUUCGGUAUAAUUUGUGUAUCGGUGUAGUGGGUUUUGCAAUCCCGCGAUCUGUUAUCCCGGGUCUUCGUGAAUUUUUACUUGACCUGUCUCCAGAACAAGCGCUAAAAUUUCCCCUGCUGACAGAAUUCUGGGAAAGCUCAUUCAGCUGUAGUCUAAAAAGGCAGACAGGUUCUUCUGCUGGUAUGCCAGCAUGUGAUGGCACAGAGGACCUGCGCGCUUUACAGAACCCGUACACAGACACGUCCCAGUUGCGCGUCACAAAUAUGGUGUACAAAGCCACAUAUGCUAUAGCUCAUGCCCUCCAUAGCAUUGUCUGUAAGGAAAAUACAUGUCACAAAAGCAUCAUAGUUGAUCCCCAUAAGGUUUUUGAUCAACUCAAACGGGUGAACUUUACUAAAAAUAAUUAUUCCGUUUCAUUUGACACCAAUGGAGACCCUGUGGCCACAUAUGAACUUGUGAACUGGCAACUUCAAGGAGACAGUUCAGUUGAUUUUGUGACAGUGGGUCAAUAUGAUGCAUCCAAGCCUAAAGGCCAAGAAUUUAGUCUGAGCAGAGCUAUCAUUUGGUAUAAUGGCAGUGAAAAGGUGCCUGUGUCUGUGUGCAGCGAGAGCUGUCUUCCAGGUAUGAGGAAGGCUGUGAAAAAAGGAAGACCUGUCUGCUGUUAUGACUGCAUUAACUGUGCAGAAGGAGAAAUCAGCAAUGAGACAGAUUCUUUAGAUUGUCACAAAUGCCUACCUGAGUAUUGGCCCAAUAAUGAGAAGGACAAGUGUCUUCCUAAACCAGUGGAGUUUCUCUCCUGGGAUGAGAUCCUUGGGAUUAUACUGGCUGCUUUCUCUAUUGCUGGUUCUUUAGUGGCUUUGAGCAUAAUUUUAGUGUUCUACAAAAACAGGACCUCUCCGAUAGUAAAAGCCAACAACUCAGAACUAAGCUUCCUGCUUCUACUCUCGUUAACUCUGUGUUUCCUCUGUUCACUUACUUUUAUUGGUCGGCCCACUGAGUGGUCCUGUAUGUUGCGUCACACAGCAUUUGGGAUAAUUUUUGUCCUCUGUAUCUCCUGUGUUCUAGGGAAAACAAUAGUGGUGUUAAUGGCCUUCAAGGCUACACUUCCAGGAAGUAAUGUCAUGAAAUGGUUUGGGCCUCCUCAACAGAGACUCAGUGUUUUGGGCUUCACUCUUGUACAGGUCCUUAUAUGUGUGCUUUGGUUAACAAUAUCCCCUCCUUUUCCUUACAACAAUAUGCAACACUACAAAGAAAAGAUUAUUCUAGAAUGCAAUUUAGGAUCAGCUAUAGGUUUCUGGGCUGUGCUGGGUUAUAUUGGACUGCUAGCUUUCCUUUGUUUUGUUUUAGCUUUUCUUGCCCGAAAGCUGCCUGAUAACUUCAAUGAGGCUAAAUUCAUCACAUUCAGUAUGCUCAUAUUCUGUGCUGUAUGGAUCACCUUUAUUCCCGCUUAUGUUAGCUCUCCAGGAAAAUUUACUGUAGCUGUGGAGAUAUUUGCUAUUUUAGCUUCAAGCUUUGGUCUGAUUCUCUGUAUUUUUGCUCCUAAGUGUUUCAUUAUUGUCUUCAGGCCAGAGCAGAAUACCAAAAAACACUUAAUGGGUAAAGUGCCAUCAAAAGCCCUCUGA